AUGAACGUACCUUCCUAUACAAAUGUUUACAAGAAGUUCGAUGACGCUGAAGGUUCCUGUGAUGAUAAGAGCGGGGCCGCAGGAGUAAUAGGUACGCUGAAGGGAAAAUUGACCUCAUAUGGACACGUAGCUGGCUAUGAGGAAUCAGCUGUAAAAAACUGGUGUCAAACACCUAAAAUGGAAGUAGGAAAUUUAUCCAAUAAGGAGCAUCGUUGCAACUUCCUCUAUUUUUGGAUAGGGAAGGAGCUAUGCAGUGCCACUAACCAAUCUGACGAAUUCCUCAAAUGCAUGAAUGAUGUCUACGAACAGUUAGACAAAAUAAGUAUUAGUAAUAAGUGCCCAAAUGUAAAUACUGACAUUGAUAAAAACAUUUUUGAUAAUAGAAAAACAGUUUGGGACUUCUCCUACAAUUAUAAACAUAUAAAGGACCUUCUAGCAUCUCAUCACAACUCCUGUGAUGAAACAUAUUACAACCAUCUACAAUCAGCUGUUACAGCAUUUGGUGAUGUACUUACUGAUUGUCAAGGCAAAGGGAAGGAGAAAGGGAGUUCAUAUUGUUCAUGGUUCAAAAACACAUUUUAUUUGAGCAGCAACAAUGAUCAAAAUCCACUCACUUUAACAAGUCGCAAAACAGAAACAAUACCUGUAAAUUCAACGAGUGUUACCGUCCAUAGGAAUGUUCAAUUAGAACUGAACUUUGCAUCUAAAGCGAACACCACUGCAACGAUCGUCUCUUCCAUAUUCGGUGUAAUGGGACUACCAAUGACUGCCUUUUUUUUAUAUAAGUAUAAUCUUUUACCUUCCGGCAUACAAAACUUCUUUGGGAACAAUAGCAGUGGCAAUAGAAGAAACAGAAGGAAGGGAAAAUCAACCACUGGGCGUCACCACUUUGACAACACAUUCACAGAAGGCACCUCAACAUACGACUCCGCAACGAACGUCUCAACAGUAGCUUCUACAAUAGCAGAUUCCACAGAUACUUCUACCCUAUAUAAUGAUAGGUCAACAUCCAACAGAAGAAGAGUAAACAAUAAACAACAACCACAACAGAGGCAACAUCAAGGGCAACAGAACUCAAGAAAUAUAAGUUAUGGACGUAUGCAGAAUUAA